AUGCUCAUAACAACGUCCCGCACUAUCUACCUCCUCAACCACAGUGAAAGUGCUCAAGGGAUUCCGGCCGUCCAGCGGAAAUCCAUCGGUCGAGUUUUCCUUUCCGGUGCGGGCAUCUUCGCCAUCGGGUUCCUCAUCUGGAACUUGGACAACAUCUUCUGCUCGACCAUCACGAAAUGGAAGCAAGCCGUGGGGUGGCCAGCUGCGUUCUUCCUCGAAGCAUCACCAGAACCCGCCCGCAAACGGCAACGGUUAUCUUCACCGACGUACGAUGAAUACUUCCCUAUCACCCAGGAAGAACUCCAUGCAUUCGACGAAGCGGACCGUAUGUUGUCUCGAGCGUUGCCUCAUAGGGCGUCACAACAUCGCCGUUUGCCCUCAGAAGAGCCUUUGGAUGAAGGAACAUAUACUCUAGAAGCUGCGGACCUGGGCGGAGAUGGGGCAGGGGAUGAUGAUAAGGAUAGACUGAGGAGCCACGAUUGGUCUUCAUCUCCUCCACUCGAGAGUGCGCACGAAGACCGUGCUGCAGAAGAUCGCUUCUUUGCCCCCAGUUCACAACCGAUGGCCGGGUUCAAGUCCGCAGCAUCCAUAUCCUCAAACGCGGUUCAUGCUCCCUUCAAACCUCCUGGAUUCUUUCCCGCUACCAAUUUGUCUCAUACCUCCAAAGAGACAACACUCCCUCCUGGCAAUGGGUUUGCACCUGCUACCUCCCUCUCCACUACCGUGAUGGUGCAUAGUCCACCAGAACACGUUCGCACAGAGCCUGGACCUAUGAAGUCGAAAGGUUUCGGACUUGCCUCCGCGAUAUUUGCCGCUGCAGAAGAAGACCGCCUACCAUCCCCUCCCCCUCCACGUCCUGAAUAUGAUUCCUGGUUUGACAACGACGCCUCCGUCCUCCCUCCCUCCGCCGCCGCCACCACCACGACGCUCACUCAAUGGCAAGACCACUCAGCAUCCCAAGCCUCCACUGUUGGAUUCAAGUCUGCCUCUGCGAUGAUGGUCGGCUUCGGCUCCGCGGCGGCUCUCACCGGGGGGAAGAGCAAAUGGACCGCGCCAUCGGCCGAAGCAUUGGCUCGAGCGGAGAUGAAGAGGAAACAAUGGGAUGUGGAUGACGAGAAGGACGAGGCAGAGAACGUGCAGGUAGAGCCCCCAACCUCUUUCAAAGCGCCUGUCCCCACUCCUGCCGCUUCUCGGACUCCUGCAAGACCGGUCCUGCGCUCAAUGGAAAAUCGCAGAGGCACACAGAUGCCGGAGACCCCUUUGGCGAAGAAGACGUUGGGCCCGGUAUCCGUACUGGGAGGGCUGAACGCCAAGAACAAACCGUUCAAGUCUCCCUUGGUCUCAAGACCAAUUUCUGCUGCCCGCUUACCUCCCCGUCCGGCUUCGGCUCUCAAACCUGUUCGAAUCCAUACAGAAAAUGCCAUGGCCUCAAGCUCUCGACUUCCGGCUGCUUUCCCUACUGUGGCUCCGGUGACCCCAACAAGACCGGCGUCGACGGGUUUCGGUUCACCGCCCAAGGGCAAGGUUCUUGGUAUGACGCCUCGAAGGCCCGGCGGUCUCUCCGGAGCAGUCAAAAAGUUCCUUACGCCGUUCAAACCUGGAAUGGCUCCUGGAGAAGAUGGGAGAGUACAGCUGGAGCAGAGCCAACGUGUGAGAAGUCAAGCGACGCCGUCUGUGAACGCUCGCCCGAAGUCAGUCAGCUCGCCAGUCAAGGCGAAGGCGAAGCAACAGUACACGUUAUUCAAUCUUGCUCCUCGCCAGGGCCGCAGGACGUUAGCAGAUUGUGGUCUACGACCUGAGACGUUUGAGGAGGAAGAGCUGGAAAUCAUGGGCAUCGACGUUGAAGAGCUGAGGAAAAUGAGUCCUGCGAACGCUGUUUACUACUGCUUUCACUCGGCUUCUCCCAUGGGCACGCCUAGUGGAUCCUCCUCGAUCUCUCAGCUUGGCCACGAAGCUGCGUACGCGCACCUACGAGAACGAGGCUGCACCUUGGCAAGUCCCGAGUGGGUCAAAAACCACUAUGGGUUGAUAUUAUGGAAGCUUGCGGGCAUGGUAUGUUUAGAACCCGAGCACGAACAGGACCCUUCAACGAGGCGGUGGUGCUGGUCGGAGGUCAUGCGCCAGCUAUUGUACAGAUACGAGCGCGAACUGCUUGGUGGAUCCCGCCCAGCUCUUCGUCUAAUCUCCACCGAAGACGCGCCCUCCACGUGCCCCAUGAUCCUUUGCGUGUCAGCUAUCGUUCGGCGAGGACUGCGUCCAGAAAUCGAGGUCACAGACGGCUGGUAUUGUCUGCGCGCACAGUUAGAUCAGCCUCUUGCUCGCGCUCUUGAGCGCGGUCGAAUACGUGUAGGAUGCAAGCUCGCAACAUCCGGAGCCAAGCUGUGUGGAGACCGGAAAGAGGCGCGCGAAAUUCUGGAGACAUACGACCAUGCCUCCUUGGAACUGUACGGCAACUCAACGCAUCUUGCACCGUGGCAUGCGAAAAUGGGCUUUGUAAAGGAACCCUUCGUUGCCACGCUGGACAGCUUGACAGCUGACGGAGGGAAUAUUUCCGUCAUGGAUCUCAUCGUGGAUAAGGUGUACCCAGUUGCCUUCUUGGAGUUCGUGAAGAACGAUGAUGGAUCGACCACCAAGCUUGGACCACGCGAUGAAAGGGGAGAAACAAAAGCGCGUGACGAGUGGCUGAAUAACAGAGACAAAGAGAUUUCGAAGAUACGCGAAGGUCUCGAAAAGCAGCUCGACAAGAUGGAGAAGGUCGCGCAUCGGCUGACGAGCCUCGCGGGCUCUCGCUUCUCUAGCGGGGAUCACAUGCCGGACCACAUUGAGGACUUGUUUACGGAGAUGAUGGAGGACUGCGAGCGGCCGUCGCAAAUGUUCCCGCGCCUCAGCCCCGAAGACGCGAGCUGGCUGCGGAGGCACGCCCUCGAGCAGCUCGAGCGAGCCAGAGAGCACCUGCACGACGACAUCGAGAACGAACUCCGGCACGUGUGCCCCGAGCGCAACGUGCGCGACUUCCGCGUGCUCGUCGUCCGGGACGCCCGGUGGGAGAAGCGCGAGCCGACGCGCACCGCGCAGAUCACGCUCUGGGACGCGAUGCGGAUGGUGUUCGCGGACGGCGGCGCGCCGGGCGACGUGCGGGCGGGGCAGCGCUUCCUCGUCACGAACCUGCAGCCGAACCAGCCGCGGGCGUGGAUGCGGCGCGGAGAGGAGGGCGCGGUGGUGUAUCUGGUUUCGAAGAAGAAUACGACGUGGACGACGAUCAAAGGGAGGAAGACGUGA